GAUGGGUCUAUGACUGGAAGCUCGAGAAGUCUGGAGGAUGGUACAACCAGUGCCAGGCAGUAUUGCCAGGCUGGCAGGCUCGCGGCGAGACCUACAGCGAAGGCAAGGGGGGCAAGGGGUCUCCCUGGCACAAGCCGAAGGCUCAUGGCCCGCUGGCGGAACUCAGCGAGAUGCUGGCGAAGGUCGAGGCCUUGUCGGCCCACGGCGCUCCGCAGCUGGACCUGGGGCCCUUCAAGGCGGUGCAGUCGCAGGUGCAGGCGGCAGCGGCGCAUGCCUCGAAGAAGAACGAGAAGGCGAUCGAGGACGCUGCUGAUGUGAUGCUGGAGCACAAGCGAGCGCUGGCGGCGUACAAGACGGAGACGGCUUGCCAACCUCCUGUUCAGCAUGCGGAGUGGCAUGCACCAGACGUCGGCGACACAUUCGACGACAUCGAUGACUAUGGGGAGGAUGCUAAAACGAAACUCGAUAAGUUAAAGCACGGCAUGGAGGUGCUGGGCAAACUGCUCCAGAUGGCGGCGGACCAGUACCGACUGUUUAAUCAGUUCAAGCAGCAGGUAGCCAGCUUGUGCACGCAGGCCAAGAGGAAGCGUAAGGCGGCAGACGGGAAAGCUGUGGAUCCUGUACCUCAUGCGGACUCGGCGGUAACGACUGGCGCCACGGGGUCGGCGUCGUCUUCGGCGGCCCAGGUCCUGGCGCCUCUCACAGAGGAGCAGCAGCGUGAGCGGAAGGAGGUGGUCGACAAUAUCAAGAGGCAAUCCGAGCAGAAGGCGCAGGCGGCGAAGAGCAGGAUCGUUGGCAAAGCAGCAGCCACCCCGCGCGAGAACGCGGACGUUAUCAUGCUGUGCGCGACCCGCGUGGACAGCGCGAAGCUGGAGACAGCGCGAGAGGAAGGAGCGCGAGACGGCUGGCGGAUGAUGGGCGCGGCUGCAGUGGCCACAAAGCGCUCGGGGAAAUAUACCGCGGGCGGCGUGAUUAUAUUGGCCAGGACUUACCUGGCGUGCAAAGGCAGGAGUCUGGACAAUGGAGAGGUCGACCCGUUCAAGGGCUUCGCGGCGCUCGACGUGCGCGCGCGUUCGGGCAUCGUCGUGCUGAUCGCGGCGUACCUCGUGCCAGGCGGAGGUUCUAUAGGGCCGAAUUACCACGGAAUUCGAUCCUUGUCAGGAUUCAUCAAAUCUCUCACGGACCCAUGGUUGGUCCUCACGGACUGGGACAUGCCAGCAGAUCGAAUGGAGAGGGCUGGGCUCCCAGGCAGGCUUGGCGGCGCUGUGAUCAGGCCAGACGUCGGGGCCACCUGUGACAAGGGCAGAGGCAGCCUCAUAGAGUGCGGCGUCGCGAGAGUGGACUUCGCGACCAAGCUGAAGUUUGUGGCAGAAGGGCGUGUGCCAUGGCGUACCCACUGCGGCCUGAAGCUGGGGAUCAAGGGCGCCAAGCAUGAUUGGUGGCAUCGGCAGCUCGAGAUCCCGAAGGCCUGCGAGGAGGCUGCGAUGUUCCCCGAGGAGGGCGCCGAGCUCCAGGGCGAGCUGGAGUACAUGAAGGCCUACGCCAUCGCGGGCGAGAUCUGGGAGAAGGCCAGCGCGAAGGGUCACGAGACGGAGCUCGCGGAGGAGAUGCGCGCCAUCGGCGACGAGAUGAUCGUCGGGAGCGAGCAGCGCGAGAGGCACGAGCACCGGCUGACCGAGAAGUGCGGCGCCUGGGUCGCCAGGGUGGAGGAGUCGAUCCUCGUGGCCGAGAAGAUGAACGAGCAGGGGGCGGCCCCGCGUGCGGGGAUGUGCAUCAUGAGGGCCAGGGAGCAGCUGGAGGUGAUCAGCACCAUAUCCCACAAGGACGCGUUCAACAAGCACGUGACGAUCGCCAACAGAGACGUGUACUUUGAGGUGGCUGGAGGCAUUAUAGAGUUGGACGAGGGUCAGCUGGCGAACCUUGUGGAACAGACAGAGAAGCAUUUGGCAUUGGCAUCGUCCAGAUCGAUGGCGACGGCAAGGAAUCAUUUCGCGACGUGGGCGGCGAAAUCGUGGCAGACCAAGGCGGGCAUGUUGCGCAGACGCGUGAAAGCGAACGAGGCGCCCAGGUUCGAGAUGGCUAUUGAUUCAGAUUUCGCGACAGCUGACCCGACCAUCAUCAUGAGCGCGAAGAUUGAGAAGUGGGGGCACAUGGGGCCGGGCCCCGUGGACGAGAAGAAGCGCAUCACCGAGCAGCUGGAGAGCACCAGGAUAUGGGCGUUGACCGAAGAUUUGGAAGCGAUCGACAGGGGGGCGCUGGACGGG